CACACUGGUAUGCGUGUCUUGUCAAUUUAAUAUUAUUGAUGUUAAAUAAUGGAUAAAGUAUAUGUACUAUUUAAUUCUUAUUACAGUUGAAGAAGCUUGAUAAGUUGCUGUUGAGGACGAUGGAUGAUGUUCAUUCUGGCCAACCUGUUUUUGAAGUUUUCAAUAUAGUGCCUGCCGGAAAACUCCCGCAACAGGACAAUGGACAUGAUUGUGGUAUUUUUGUCAUGAGGUUUAUGGAGUACAUUGCAUCCGGACAAUCUCCUCCCUCGACCUAUAUAGUCGACCAUAAUGAGAGAUUCCGAUUUGCAAUUGAUAUUGUCUUAUCGGAAUCCAAUGGCCUAUUUUGGGAUGUGAUGCAUGAUGCAACCGCUUAUUAUGGAGUUUGUUCAAGCAAAGGUGGUGAAUCAUCAACCUUAAAAGAAGGUAAGUGUUUUCCCCCAAGACGUGAUGCUUCGCCUCCAACGCUUUCAACAAAAAAGUCUAGACAGCAACAUUGGUCGAAGUGCGAAAUGAGAAAAAAGAGGAAGUCAAUGAACUAA